CGCUCACCUUGACACGCUCGUGGCAUAGUGUGACGAUUGCCAGCCGCUCAAUUGCACCUGGCCCGCAACCCAAGCAGCUGCGUGUCGACUAUUAGAGGAUCGCUAGACCGCAGAGCGUCGCACACUGUGGAGGCGCCAAGUCUCGUGAUGGCGUUUUUCGAGGGGCGGUCGCUCGUGCAGAGCUUCCUCUCGGCUAUCGUCGGUCUCGUUUUGGUCAAAGUCAUCUACAACAUCUUUUUCCACCCUCUGGCGUCUUUUCCAGGCCCACUCCUUCGCAAAGCGACGAGGAUUCCCUGGACGGUGUCUCUGCUACGCAAUAGGAGCAUCUAUGACAUUGACGAGCUCCAUCGCAAGUAUGGCCCCGUGGUCAGGACCGCUCCCAAUGAGCUGUCCUUCCUAGAUGCCAACGUUUGGCGAGACAUCAUGGGCGGCGGCAACAGCGAUAUCCCAAAAUGGUCCGGCAUGUAUGGCGUCCCCCGGUUUCUGCCACCUCACAUCCAGAAUACUACAAGCAAGGAGCACCACCGCAUCUUGCGCAAAGCACUUUCCCCAGGGUUCUCAGACGCAUCUCUGCGCGCCCAAGAGCCCAUGAUACAGAACCACAUCACUGCCUUGAUCUCCCGCCUCCGCUCGGGCGCCAAUUACGACGAGGGCACAGCCCCUCCCGCCUCUAGCAGCAGUACGCAAGGCACGGUCUACAACCUCGAGAUGUGGUACCGCUAUGUCGUCUUUGACGUCAUCUGCGACCUGGCCCUCGGCGAAUCCCUGGACUGCAUCAACAGCGUCACCAUACACCCCUGGAUCAAGGCCAUGGAGAGCGCCGGCGGCUCGUUCAUCGCGCUGAUCGCCAUCAACAUGUACCCGACCCUUGCGGCCAUUGUGGACUGGCUGAUCGGCAGCUCAGCUCAGCAAAUGGCCAAACUCAUGAACAACCAUAUCAAGCCGGCCGUCAACCGCCGGUUAGCGCAGGGCGAUUCCCGGCCAGACCUGGUGAGCCCUCUCAUCCGGCUGCAGAACAAGGCGAGGGAGGCGCAAUCCAAGGACGACGCGUCGCGCAGCGGCUCGUCCUACAACGAGGAAGCCGCCCUCGAAGAACUCAUGGCCAACUCCCAGGUCAUCAUUGGCGCUGGCGCAGAGACGACUGCGACGACCUUGGCAGCUGUGACUUCGCUGCUCCUCGACAACCCGAGUAUGCUCGAAAGGGUGCAGAAGGAGGUUCGCGGAGCGUUUUCUACUGAUGGAGAUAUCACUUCUGAGGUGGUGAGCAAGAACCUGCCGUACCUCUGCGCUUGUCUCGAUGAGACGAUGCGGAUCUUCCCUACGACUGGUGCGGCUUCGCUGAGGAUGACUGACCGAGUCAUGAAUAUCUGCGGGACGGUCGUUCCUCAAGACACGGUUGUCGGCGCAUGGACUUGGUCUUUGUACCGCUCGAAACAGUUCUGGACCGAUGCGGAAGAGUUUCACCCGGAGCGAUGGCUCAAUGAAGAUCCGCGCUAUGAGGGAGACUCGAGAGAGUUGUUCAAGCCCUUCUUCACAGGGUCGAGGGACUGCAUUGGACAAAAUCUUGCAAUCAUGGAACUCCGCCUCAUCCUCGCGAGGAUGAUCUACAAUUUUGACAUGGAGUUUGCCGACGCAGACUCCCGCGAAUGGUCCAAGAAGCAGUCGCACGGUUUCUUUGUCUGGAUGAAGACGCCACUCAACGUCCGACUGACACCGAGACCCUGAAGACUCCGACUCGGGAACCAAUUGGGAGGCCAGGGUGACAAGCAAGAACUAUGCGACUGGAUGGGGGUUCGAGACGGGGCAGGGAAGGAGCAGUUACUACCCCUAUUUGGUUCCGCGUAACAUGGUGAAGGAUCCUUUCUGUUAUUGUUGGCGUUGGUCACGCAGCUCGACAUGCUGCUUGUGCAAAUUAUGACACGAGCAGGGAAAUAGGUCACGCAUCUGGCGGGCGUUAUUGAAGAAUUGGCGAGC